AAACCCAAACCCCAACUCUGCCCUCUUUGGCGGCUGCUUUUGUUUUCAGGAAAGAGUACUAUCUCCGUCGGUCCCCCUCGUCUCUUCCUCUCUUCUUAGGGUUUUCUUGGGAUUUUCAGGUUUUUAACAUCGAUCUAGAUAUGGCUGCCGCGGUUGCUACUCCAGCAGAUCAAACUGCAGAGUUGCUUCAGAAAUUGUCCAUAGAUUCUCAAGCCAAGCCCCUGGAAAUUCCUGAGCCCACCAAGAAGCCUUCUGUGUAUCAGUAUGGGUCUGUUGAUCCAGGCAAUGCUGCAAAUGGCCAAAUUCCGUCAUUUGAGCGAUCUGCAACACCGUUGCUGCAGGACUUUGUGGAUCCAACAAUGUGCUAUCUUCCUAACGGUUAUCCGUCUCCAUUUUACUAUGGAGGCUUUGAUGCGUCUGCAAAUGAUUGGGAUGAGUAUCCAAGAUACAUGGGUCCAGAUGGAGUAGACAUCACUUCAGGAGUGUAUGGGGACAAUGGAUCUCUUAUGUACCAUCAUGGUUAUGGAUAUCCGCCAUAUGCACCAUAUUCACCAGCAGCCUCCCCGGUGCCUACGGUGGGAAAUGAUGGUCAACUGUAUGGGCCACAGCAUUACCAAUAUCCUCACUAUUUCCAGCCUCUGACUCCCAGCAGUGGACCAUUCACUCCAAGUCCAACUGCUCAAUCCCAAGUGGACCUUUCCACUUCUGCAGCUGCUGAUCAGAAGCCAUUACCCGUGGAAACAGCCAAUGCAAAUUCCAACACUGUUGCAAAUGGUGCGGGUGUGAAAGGAACUAAUGGUUCAGCUCCACUAAAACCAGCAAAUCAAAAUUCAUUUAAUUCGAACAAUUCUUAUGGAAGGAGUGCUUUGCCAGGUUCUUUUCCUACCUCAGGAUAUCAGGAUCCAAGGUAUGGUUUUGAUGUGUUUAGGUCUCCUGUCCCUUGGUUGGAUGGGUCUAUGUUUUCAGAUGGGCAGCACAGGCCUGUAACCAGCAGUGGAAUCAAUUCAACUUUUUCAAAAACAAACAAUGUUCCAUCUUCAAGGAAUCAGAAUUACCGUUCCAAUUCUCAUUACAUGGGACUGCCUCAUCCUGCCCCAAUGUCUGGCAUGGGUACAGCUCAUGGGUUUGUUAAUAGAAUGCACCCAAACAAGCUAUAUGGUCAGUACGGAAACUCAUACAGAUCUGGAAUUGGCUAUGGAUCUAGUGGUUAUGACUUGCGAACAAAUGGACGUUGGUUGGGUGUUGAUGGCAAGUAUAAACCCAGGGGACGGGGCAACGGUUACUGUGUUUCAGGUAAUGAUAAUGUGGAUGGUUUGAAUGAGUUGAAUAGAGGGCCUAGAGCAAAGGGUCCCAAGAAUCAAAAGGGUUCUGUCCCUGUCAUAUCAGCAGUCAAGGGCCAGAGUGGCACAACUGAAGUAACUAAUGGUGAAGAGAAGGAAAAGGCACAUGUGCUUCUGGACUUUGAACAGUACAACAAAGAAGAAUUUCCUUUGGAUUAUACUGAUGCUAAAUUCUUUGUCAUUAAGUCAUAUAGUGAAGAUGAUGUGCAUAAGAGCAUUAAGUAUAAUGUCUGGGCUAGCACACCAGGUGGCAACAAGAAGCUUGAGGCAGCUUACCAGGAGGCUCAGCAGAAAUCUGGGGGCUGCCCUGUUUUUCUUUUCUUCUCAGUUAAUACCAGUGGGCAAUUUGUUGGGCUUGCUGAGAUGAUAGGGCCAGUUGAUUUUCAGAAGAAUGUUGAGUACUGGCAACAAGAUAAGUGGACUGGCUGCUUCCCUGUGAGAUGGCAUAUGGUAAAGGAUGUUCCCAAUAAUUCUUUGAAGCACAUUACCCUUGAGAACAAUGAGAAUAAACCUGUUACCAAUAGCAGGGACACACAAGAGGUCAAGCUGGAGCAGGGGCUUAAAAUAAUUAGAAUUUUCAAAGAGCAUUCCAGCAAAACUUGCAUUUUGGAUGAUUUUGAGUUCUAUGAGAUCCGACAGAAGGCAAUUCAGGAGAAAAAAGCCAAGCAGCAGCAACAGCAGAUUCAAAAACAGGUGUGGGAAGGGAAACCGAUUGAUGAGAAGAAAGAAGUUAUUGUGUUACAGAAAUCAUCGGAGGUUGCAUCAGAUUUGGUUAAGCAGCCUACUCCAAUUGCUCAGUCUAAUGGGGACCUAAAGCUUUCUGAGAAUGGAUCCCUGGCAAAGACUGCAGAUGGCCCCAAGGGUUCUAAGCCAGCAGUAGUUUCUGAGAAAAAGGUUUUAGCGAAUGGCAUAGCUAAUGGUUGCUAACUUCUACCAUGACGGCGGUUUGUGGUCUUGUAGAAUAUGACAUUGCGUUUCACUGUGUUAGAGAUAUAGAAUGCAGAACCAUAAGCCGCCGAACUGAUCUGUCUUUGGUGCAAUGUGAGCAAAGAUAGAUUAUCAAGGUUUGCAGAUUGGUGGUGACUGGUGAGACAGCUUAGCUUCUUCUGAGAGUCCAGGAGGCAGUUUACAUUAUCCUGGGGUUCCGCUCUCUUACUGAGUAGCUCCUGACAGACAGCAGGUUUCCAUAGGAGUUUGGGUUUAGGGGUUUAUGUUCAAGUGGCUUUUAAGGGUAUUUGUUAUUUGCUUUUAAUCUUUUUUGAUUAGUGGUUUUUUUUUUUUUUUUCCCUUUCAUAUCAACCCAGUUCUUCUUUUCCUUUUAUUAUUUUCCUGUUUUGGUAAUUUCUAAGGUCUGACGCUUUGGUGCUAGCAACUUGGCUUUGCGUUAUCUUUGCAUUUCUUUUUUUUCUUUUUUCUUUUGUCUUCUACUGUCGUUUGUGAUUUUGAUAUUUUUAUCAAUACAAUAUAAAAUGGAAUUUCUAGU